UGCAGAAACUCAGGAACUGCAGAGGAUAAUGGGUCAGGUGAGCCAACAAUGCCAGGGAACUCGUCAAUGAAAAACUUUGCGCCAGGCACGACACGAAUCUUGGACUUUCCAGUAUCCCAAAUGCGUAAGUUUGGUCCAUCAGCGUCAUAUCCAAGGAAAACACCCGGAGUGCCGCGAGCACCCCACUUUUCUGGGUUGUUGUUGGUAAUGACCACCGCACAGCCAAAUGGCUGGAUCCUUCGAUGCUGAACAGGCUUCCCCAUCAACUCCUGAAACGGAAUAACGCCGCGAGAAUUUGGAAUCAUGUUGAUGAGACGGCAGGAGAAAUCAAGAGCUUCCCGCCAGAAGGCAUUUUUAAGGUUUCCACCGAUUAGAGCUGCGACAGUCUUGUCCUGCAAUGUCUGAUUGAAGCGUUCAACCGUUCCAUUCUGCUGGGGCGUAAACGGCGCCGAGAACGUGUGCACAAUGCCCAGCGAGUCUGUCCAGUCUC